AUGGUAAAUCGUCGCCUUAAGCAGUUCCUGGAGUCAAACGGCCUCCUUGACGAACGGCAGCAUGCGUUCCGGCAAGGACACGGCUCCUCCACUUACUUUGCAGCCCUCGAAAAAGACAUGGACACCUGUGUCAUCAAGCAGCUCAUCGGCUGGGACUUGGAAGGUCACAUCACACAUUUUGUACGGAAUUUCCUCCUUGAUCAUACCUUCCAGGUGACCGUCGGGAACACUCGCUCGGAUCCGUUCCCCGAAGAAACUGGAGUGCCUCAGGGAUCCGUCAUAGCAGUAACGCUAUUCCUGGUGGCAAUGAACGGGGUAUUCAGCCGAUUUCCCAAGAACGUACACGUAAUCGUUUAUGCCGACAACAUACUCAUCGCGGACCAGGACAUAGCUCAAGCAGCAGUCUCCGCCGUCAAGCUUCCCGGGUCGGUUUAUUCGGGGCACGUUCAUGGCUUUACGAACGGAUCGCGGUCGCGGGCUGGAUUUGGACUCGGAGUGGCAGGACUGAACACUGCAACGAGUCUUAGUCUACCGGAGGAGUGUUCCGUCUUUUCCGCUGAAGUCACAUCUAUUCUAGACGCAGCCAUCACUCCGGCAGAUCAACCGAUCCUCGUGUUAACUGACUCACACAGCGUCAUCCAAGCGCUGGAAACCGAAGCCCCGAGCCACCCUUGGAUUCAAGCCAUUACACGGUUCGCCCCACCUUCAACCGUCUUUACGUGGAUCCCCGGACACUGCGGUGUUCCCGGAAACGAGGCUGCGGACAGACUGGCGCGAUCUGGUGCAUCCGGUCCCCGCUACACCAGGAACGUACCCCUCCUAGACGUCAGGCGUUGA